AUGCAGACCACAAGCUCCAGUGCAAGCUCGACGGACCCUCCAGCGUACUUCGUGAUGGAGGAGGACCUCAAGCCUUGGGAGCUCCACAGCUUGGACGGCGCCGAAGGACCCGAGACGCUGGACACGAUGAAGAGCUUCUUCGCUCGCUACCGCGCGAUCUGUGGGAAGGCGACCAACGUCGCGUACACACACGAUGCCCUGCAGUGCGUGGUGCUCUUUCAUCCGACGCUGGAGCACGUGUGUCAGCUGGUACAGCGCGAGUGGCGAAUCUGCUACGUGCACCUUGUGGAAGGCUGUGCGAACUGCUCUGAGACUCGGGAUCGACCAACUCCCACUGAAUGGGAGCACCAACUGGAGCUCUGGCCACUGAGCGAGGUAGAGCGGCAGGCAAUCGGUCGCUAUGACGGCCGCUGCUUGGGCUAA